AUGGCGCCCCCCAAGUUUUGUGGCCUCUCAGGGAGGCCGCUCUCCCUUUUGGUUUCCACCAUUGCUACUACCGGCUUCGUUCUUUUUGGAUAUGAUCAAGGUGUCAUGAGUGGUAUCAUCUCGGCGGCCCCCUUCAAUGACAUGUUCCCUGCGACCAGGGACAACUCCACCAUGCAGGGCUUCACCACGGCCAUCUACGAGAUCGGCUGUCUCUUUGGCGCCAUGUUCAUUCUGGGCGUGGGUGAUCUCCUGGGUCGGCGGCGCGCCAUCAUCAUAGGCGGAGCCAUCAUGUUCUGCGGCGUCAUCAUCCAGAUCACCUCCAUGAGCAACGCUACCCCGUUUGCCCAGUUCAUUGUGGGCCGUGUCGUCAUGGGCGUGGGCAAUGGCAUCAACACCUCGACUAUUCCCACAUACCAGGCUGAGUGCUCGCGCACGACCAACCGUGGCCUGCUGAUUUGCAUCGAGGGUGGCGUCAUCGCCUUUGGCACCUGCGUCGCCUACUGGAUCGACUAUGGCGCCUCGUACGGACCCGACAACUUCACCUGGCGUUUCCCCAUCGCUUUCCAGAUCAUCUUUGCCCUCAUCAUCUCCAUACCCAUGUACUUCCUGCCCGAGUCCCCUCGCUGGCUGCUCACCCACGAGCGCUACGAGGAGGCCGAGAUUGUCAUCUCUGCCCUGCGCGGCUACGAGCUCGACAGCACAGAGACCGCCCUGGAGCGUGACAUUAUCGUCGAUUCCAUCCGUGCCUCGGGUGGCUUCGCCAAGUCCACGCCUUACAAGACCCUCUUCACCAACGGCAAGACGCAGCACUUCCGCCGCAUGAUGCUCGGCGCCUCGUCCCAGCUGAUGCAGCAGAUUGGCGGCUGCAACGCUGUCAUCUACUACUUCCCCAUCCUGUUCCAAAAGUCCAUUGGUCAGACCCACAACAUGGCCCUGCUCAUGGGUGGCGUCAACAUGAUUGUGUAUUCCAUCUUUGCUACCGUCUCGUGGUUCGUUAUUGAGCGCGUCGGCCGUCGCAAGCUGUUCCUGAUCGGCACGGUGGGCCAGAUGACCUCUAUGAUUAUCACUUUCGCCUGCCUGAUCCCUGGCACUCCUACUGCUGCCAAGGGCGCUGCCGUCGGUCUCUUCACGUAUAUUGCCAGCUUCGGCGCGACCUGGCUGCCUCUGCCUUGGCUGUAUCCUGCCGAGGUCAACCCCAUCAAGACCCGUGCCAAGGCCAAUGCUGUGUCGACUUGCAGCAACUGGCUCUUCAACUUCCUGAUCGUCAUGGUUACGCCCAUCAUGAUCACCAACAUUGGCUGGGGCACCUACCUCUUCUUCGCCGUGGUCAACGCCUGCUUCCUUCCCGUGAUCUGGAUCUUCUACCCCGAGACGGCCAACCGCUCUCUCGAGGAGAUCGAUAUCAUUUUCGCCAAGGGCUCCGUCGAAAACAUGUCCUACGUCAAGGCCGCCAAGGAAAUGCCCUUCCUCAGCGAUGCCGAGGUCGAGCGCGAGGCCCUGCGCUACGGCCUCAUCGAGACCGCGCAGAAGUUUGGCGAUGGUGAGAUGCGGCACCGUGGGAGCAAGGACAGCGAGAAGCCCAGCGGCAACGAGAGUGAUGGUGUCGACCAGGUCGAGACUGCUAAGGCGGGUUGA